CUUUCCACAGCCCGACUGUGUUACUCAAUUCUCUUCUGCGGAUACAGUCUUUUCGUCGCUUUUAUGAAGUGAGACAACUCAAGUGCGUCUGUAGAGACUCCUGAAGGUUUAAUAUCUGCAGGUUUAACGUCAGAGUCGCUGUCAAAGUCAGUGGUCAUGUCAGCUCCAAACUCUGCGGAGAGAAAGGCCUGUUGGGACGCUAGAGACCUUCUGUGGAAAUGUCUGGAUGAUAGCAAUGACAACACGUCAGCCUGCCAGAACUUCCAGAAAGAGUUUGAGUCAAAUUGCCCUGCUCAAUGGGUGAAAUACUUCACCAAGAGGAGGGACUAUUUAAAGUACAAGGAGAAGAUGCAGACAGAAGGUUUCUCUCCAGCAGAGGGCCCAAAAAUGUCAUCGUAGCUUCUGAAAUUAAGAUGACACAUGUAAGUUUCCCCACCUAUGAUGAGAAAGACUGGACUGCUCAUGAUCAGGGACUACUGGAUUAUAAAUGUAAAUUCAAGAUGUCUCGAUCUAACUGUUCUGUUGGUCACGUUAUAUUUAUUUAUAAAAAUAUCAAAUUAAGUGUAUUUUUCUGCAGCACUGGGGAACUGGUUUCCAUGGAUUUUCUGUUCAUGUUAUCCAGCUGAUUUUUUAAUAAAUUAAAAUGAAAAGUC